AUGUGACUGUUCGGCUGAGGCGCCUCGCGUUCUACGCUUGGUGGGAUUGGACGCGGCUGAUGAGGUCAUCACUAGGAGCCCAGGAGGAGAAGGGAAACGCAGAGUCUUCGGGGUCAUUAUGGCAGUGAAGUGGACUGGUGGACAUUCUUCUCCUAUUCUCUGCAUGAAUGCAAGUAAAGACGGGCUAGUGGCUUCUGGAGCAGAGGGUGGAGAUCUUGUGAUUUGGGGUGAAGAUGGGACUCUUUUAGGACACAUGCAGUUCCAAGGGACUGAUGAUGUUACCAGUGUCUUAUUUUCUCCCUCCUGCCCCACCAAGCUCUAUGCAUCACAUGGAGAAACCAUUAGCAUACUGGAUGUCCGAUCUCUCAAAGAUUCCUUGGACCAUUUUCAUGUGAAUGAAGAAGAAAUCAAUUGUCUUUCACUGAAUGAAACUGAAAACCUGCUGGCUUCUGCUGAUGACUCCGGGGCAAUCAAAAUUCUAGACUUGGAAAAUAAGAAAGUUAGCAGAUCCCUGAAGAGACAUUCCAAUAUCUGUUCUUCUGUAGCUUUUCGACCUCACAGGCCUCAGAGUCUGGUUUCAUGUGGCCUGGAUAUGCAGGUGAUGCUAUGGAAUCUUCAGAAAGCCCGGCCACUCUGGAUUACAAAUUUACAGGAGGAUGAAACAGAAGAAAUGGAAAGCCUACAAUCACCUGGUCAACUCUUAAAUCCUGCUCUAGCCCACUCUGUCUCUGUGGCAUCAUGUGGCAAUAUUUUUAGUUGUGGUGCUGAAGAUGGUAAGGUUCGAAUCUUUAGGGUGAUGGGAGUCAAGUGUGAACAAGAACUGGGAUUUAAGGGCCACACCUUGGGGGUGUCCCAGGUCUGCUUUCUGUCGGAAUCCUAUUUGCUGCUUACUGGAGGGAAUGAUGGGAAGAUAAUGUUAUGGGAUGUGAGCAGAGAAGUUGAGAAAAAACAGAAGAGUCCUGCAAAACAUACCCACAGAAAGAAAACUAAACGAGCAACUUACACCAAGCAGGGUGGAAACACUAAUGCUUCAGUAACAGAUGAGGAAGAACAUGGCAAAAUCUCACCAAAGCUAAAUAUUGAACAUGGAGAAAAAGUGAAUUGGCUCUUAGGUACAAAAAUAAAGGGACGUCAAAAUAUAUUAGUAGCUGAUCAAACUAGUUGUAUAUCUGUCUAUCCCUUAAAUGAAUUUUAAAUCCAAUAAAAACUGUGGAAAAACCGAUUCAGAUUUUUUAAAAAUUCUGCUUCACUUAUCUGUAAAUCUGUAAAUCUUACACUUUAUCAUGUAAAAUCAUACCAUUUCAUUGUAUAAAUUUUUUUUAAAAGAGAAUUUUUUUUAAAUUUAUUUUUUAGUUUUCCGCGGACACAACAUCUUUAUUUGUAUGUGGUGCUGAGGAUCGAACCCAGCGCCACGCGCAUGCCAGGCAAUGCUUGAGCCACGUCCCCAGCCCUCAUUGUAUAAAUUUUUAAGUCA